UCUCUACCAAAACUCAAAUGUUCCUCUCUACUGCUAUUCUUCUUCUUCGUCUAUCGUGUAAAUCCCAACAAAACCCUAAUUUCCCAAUCUCAAUAUCCAAACCCACUACUUUCCGAUCACUCCAAACCCUAACUACUAAACUUAAACACCUUAACAAUGUCGAAAACGAAAGCAACAACGGCAGCAGAGGUGGAGUUUCAAAUGAUGAUUAUUUCGCUGCAAUUCAUCAUAUAUCCAACAUAGUUCGUCGGGAUUUCUUCUUAGAAAGAACAUUACAGAAGAUGCAAAUCAAUGUAACAUCAGAACUUGUUUAUAGAGUUCUCCGAAGUUGCAAUAAAUCAGGUAUUGAAUCAUUUAGGUUUUUUAAUUGGGCAAGAAAUCAAUCUAAAUAUGAACCAACAACUUUAGAGUAUGAAGAACUUAUUAAAACCUUAGGGAAGACUAGAAAUUGGGAUACAAUGUGGAAAGUUGCUGAACAAAUGAAAAAACAAGAAUUUUGUUUAACACCUGAAACUUUUUCUAUGAUUAUUGAAUCUUAUGGUAGGCAUGGUUUAACUGAUCGAGCUGUCGAGGUUUUUAAUCGGAUGAAGGAUUUUAAUUGUGAACAAACAACUCAAGUUUAUAAUUCCUUGUUAUUUGCUUUAUGUGAAGUUAAGAAUUUUCAAGGUGCUUAUGCUUUGAUUAGGAGAUUGAUUAGAAAAGGGGGUGUUCCUGAUAAGAAGACGUAUUCGAUUCUUGUUAAUGGUUGGUGUUCAUCUGGUAAACUUAAAGAAGCUCAACAAUUUUUAGAGGAAAUGAGUAGAAAGGGUUUUAAUCCACCUGUUAGAGGUCGUGAUCUUUUAAUUGAUGGUUUACUUAACGCGGGAUAUCUAGAAUCGGCAAAAGGGUUGGUGAGAAAAAUGACUAAAGAAGGGUAUUUGCCUGAUAUAUCGACUUUUAAUUCUUUAUUAGAAGCUAUUUGUAAUUCUGGUGAGAUUGAGUUCUCUAUUGAACUUCUUCGGGAUGUUUGUAAGUUAGGGCUUACUCCUGAUAUUACAACUUAUAAGACUAUGAUUCCUGCUGCUUCGAAGAUGGGUAAACUGGAUGAAGCCUUUAGGCUCUUGCAUUGUUCGAUAGAGGAUGGGCAUAAGCCAUUUCCGAGUCUGUAUGCUCCAAUUACUAAAGCACUUUUUAGGAAUGGGCAGUUUGAUGAUGCAUUUAGUUUUUUCAAUGAUAUGAAAGUUCAAGGGCAUCCACCGAACAGGCCUGUUUAUACUAUGUUGAUUAAAAUGUGUGCAAGGGGAGGGAGGUUUGUUGAGGCUGCAAAUUAUUUGAUUGAGAUGACAGAGUUGAAUUUGGCACCCCGAACACAGAAUUUCGAUAUGGUUACUGAUGGACUAAAGAACUGCGGGGAGCAUGACUUGGCAAAGAGAAUAGAUGAAUUAGAGAUAUCACUCUGGGGUGCUUGAGAUAGAAACUUUUGAAAGUCUGAAGAAAAUGUUCUGCUUUGUUAACAUAUUUGUGUUCUGCGGCUUAUCCUGUUGGGCAAUGCAUAUACGUAUACGAAUUGGUUUACGUUGCAGAAAGGAGCUUUAAUGGCAGAGCAAGAGGCUGAGGUAGCAAACAGAUGGACAAGAUACUUUAUCAGUAUCUUGCAGUCUCGUCUACAGUGAUGCGGACACAAUCAGACACGACGAAGAGUACAUUGAAAAUGCAGGUGGUGAUCAACAAAGUAAAAAUUUUGAGCCAUUCUACUGCCAUGGACAACAAUAGGAUAGUGAACUCUCAAAGCUUGUGGAGCCUUGUCCACGAGUCUCUGGGUUCAACAAAUGCGACAUGCAGAGAACUUUGUGUUGUAUUAUUGACAAGUUUUAUUCUAUAUCCAGCAACCGAGUUGUUAUUGUUGUACACUACCUGUUAUGGAUUAUUUACGUUACUGUUAUUCCAGUUAGUCCCCCCACCAUAUCUAUGGACCAAACAUAAGAUCCUGUUUAAAUUGGCUACUUUUUCUUUU